UCUCUCGGAUCUCGCAGCUUUCAGCCUCUCUCUCUUUCUCCCCAUGCUGGGGAGAACUCGCAGGGUAAAACUGACAGAGGCUGCGGUUUUGUCAGAGUCUUGCUGGCUUGCUUGUUUUCUCCAGAGACAAGGGGGGUAUUUCCUAGCCAUCCUUUCCAACCUGUCCAUGUUGUGAGCCGCAGCAGCAGCAGCAGCACCACAAAAAGUUGUUGGGAGCACCGAGGAUGGGACUUCAUUUACAACCCUUCGCUUUGCACUUUCUGGCUUUGACUUUUCCCUUAGUGGCGCUGGGUUUCUCUGAUGAAACCUUAGAGAAAGCCACGAAAUCAGAAGGAUAUUGCAGCCGGAUUCUGCGAGCCCAAGGCACCAGAAGAGAGGGAUAUAAUGAAUUUAGCCUGAGAGUAGAAGGCGAUCCUGAAUUUUACAAGCCUGGAAACAAUUACAGGGUAACCCUUUCUGCUGCCACUCCAGCCUACUUCCGUGGAUUCACACUGAUUGCUCUGAAGGAGGGCAAAGAGGGAGACAAAGAAGAAGAUCAUGCAGGAACCUUUCAGAUUAUAGAUGAAGAAGAAACACAAUUCAUGAGUAAUUGUCCUGUUGCUGUUACUGAGAGUACACCAAGAAGACGGACACGGAUUCAUGUUUUCUGGACAGCGCCUCCUGUUGGUACAGGCUGUGUAAUUCUGAAGGCCAGUAUUGUGCAGAAGCGAAUUAUUUAUUUUCAAGAUGAGGGCUCUCUUACCAAGAAACUAUGUGAACAAGACUCAACCUUUGAGGGGGUGACUGAUAAACCAAUCUUAGACUGUUGUGCCUGUGGAACUGCUAAAUACAGGCUAACUUUUUAUGGAAACUGGUCAGAGAAGACGCAUCCAAAAGAUUAUCCACGACGAGCUAAUCAUUGGUCAGCAAUCAUUGGUGGUUCUCACUCCAAGAACUAUGUCCUUUGGGAAUAUGGAGGAUAUGCUAGUGAAGGUGUUAAACAAGUUGCAGAGUUGGGGUCCCCAGUAAAAAUGGAAGAAGAAAUUCGACAACAGAGCGAUGAGGUUUUAACUGUCAUCAAGGCGAAAGCACAGUGGCCUGCCUGGCAACCGCUGAACGUGAGAGCUGCUCCCUCUGCUGAAUUUUCUGUGGACAGGACUCGUCACCUGAUGUCUUUCCUUACCAUGCUAGGCCCCAGUCCUGACUGGAAUGUAGGCUUGUCAGCUGAAGACCUUUGUACCAAGGAUUGUGGCUGGGUUCAGAAAGUCGUUCAGGAUCUGAUACCAUGGGAUGCUGGUACCGACAGUGGGGUUACCUAUGAGUCACCCAACAAGCCUACAAUUCCUCAGGAGAAGAUAAGACCACUAACGAGCCUUGAUCACCCUCAGAGUCCCUUUUAUGAUCCAGAAGGAGGGUCUAUAGCAGUGGUGGCCAGAGUUGUCAUUGAGAGAAUUGCACGAAAGGGAGAGCAAUGCAAUAUCAUCCCUGAUAAUGUAGAUGACAUUGUAGCAGAUCUUGUUCCAGAAGAGAAAGAAGAAGAUGACACCCCUGAGACUUGCAUUUACUCAAACUGGUCCCCAUGGUCAGCCUGCAGCUCCUCCACUUGUGAUAAGGGCAAGAGGAUGAGGCAGAGAAUGCUUAAAGCCCAGCUGGACCUCAGUGUGCCUUGUCCCGAUACCCAGGAUUUUCAGCCAUGUAUGGGCCCAGGCUGUAGUGAUGAAGAUGGUUCCACUUGCAUGAUGUCUGAAUGGAUUACAUGGUCCCCCUGUACUGUUUCUUGUGGAAUGGGAAUGCGAUCUAGAGAGAGAUAUGUGAAACAAUUUCCUGACGACGGCUCGAUGUGCAAAGUACCUACUGAAGAAACUGAGAAAUGUAUUGUAAAUGAGGAAUGUUCUCCUAGUAGUUGCCUUGUGACAGAAUGGGCAGAGUGGAAUGAAUGCAGCGCUAGCUGUGGAAUGGGAAUGAAAAAGCGACAUAGAAUGAUUAAGAUGACUCCAGCUGAUGGAUCCAUGUGCAAUACGGAAACUACCGAGGUGGAGAAAUGCAUGAUGCCAGAGUGCCAUACCAUUCCCUGUAUGCUUUCCCCUUGGUCUGAAUGGAGUGACUGCAGUGUCACUUGUGGGAAGGGGAUGAGGACCCGGCAAAGGAUGCUGAAAUCUGCAGCUGAGCUUGGAGACUGUAAUGAGGAGCUGGAGCAAGUGGAGAAGUGCAUGCUUCCAGAGUGCCCCAUUGACUGUGAAUUAACCGAGUGGUCCAAGUGGUCUGAAUGCAAUAAAUCCUGUGGAAAAGGUCAUAUGAUCAGGACGAGAAUGAUUAAAAUGGAACCACAGUUUGGAGGCGCUCCAUGCCCAGAAACUGUCCAGCGUAAAAAAUGCCGAAUAAGAAAAUGUUUGAGAGGUCCAGGUCUAGAGAAAAGGCGGUGGAAAGAAGCCCGUGAGAAAAGGAGAAGUGAACAUGCCAAGGAAGAUGUAGAUGGUGAGCUGUAUCCAGGUUGUAAGAUGAGACCAUGGACUGCUUGGUCAGAAUGUACCAAACUGUGUGGUGGUGGAAUUCAGGAACGCUUCAUGACUGUAAAGAAGAGGUUCAAAAGCACUCAGUUUACCAGCUGCAAAGACAAGAAGGAGAUAAGAGCAUGUAAUGUUCACCCUUGUUAGCAAAACCCGAGGCUGCAAAGUGAUGGAGUCUGAGCUAAAUGGAAAGUCAACCAUGGUUUUGAUUUAAAAAAAAUAUAUAUAUAAAUGGUGUAUAUUAGUCUUCAUUUUUGCAGUGUGGGUUGCUUAUUAGUCUUGCUGGUGCAAGAAAUAUAUUUUAUAAAUAUUUCCUCACAAAUGUAUGCUGAGAGUGGCUCCUUGAUACUCCAGCUAGCCCUUAAUGCAUAAAACUAGUAAGUCAUUGUGAGUCAUUUAACUCUGAAAUAAAAACAUCUCUGUGGAUAUGCAAUAGCCAUAUAGAAAUAUUCCCUGUACAGACAUGGGGUGCAUGCAUAUUAACGUAACUAAGUUAAAGUGACAUGUCUCACGCGUGGAAGGAAUUGUCUCAUUUGAUUUGAUUUCAAAAUA